GCACCGCGCGUCGUCUGCUACUACUCUGCACUUUACUAAUCUCUCCUCUCCGCUAACAAAUCUUCACUAACUGCAGAUAUUGUCCCAUUUUUGAAGCGUUUACAGGCGACGUCAUGUCAGAAGCGGUGUUUACUUUUUAUAGCGCACAGGCGGCUGUCUUUUGGACCCAAACGGAAAGUCAACUUUUCUCGCACGCCGUGCGGGAUUAGGGAUCUCCAGGGGUGCCAUGUUGGCUACAGACACAACAGACGCGCCACAGGAGGCCAAACAUGUCACACAGAUCAAAGAGAGACUGGCACAGUCGCUCAAAGCCCUGCAGAGACGCUACGUGACGUCGGAUGCAGUGGUCACCAGCGAGGACGCAGACGCCAACCUCCUCUGCUGCGCCCUGGAGGCCAUCUUCAUCCACGGCAUCAAGAGCAAGUACAUCCGCUUGGAGGCCGGGGGCCGUGGCAGGAAGGGGAACCGAGGACCCCUCCCUCAGCCUUUCUUCUGGAGCCUCCUUAAGACCGUGACCCACCGUGACGUGAUCACCGAGCUGGAGAAGAUCAGUUUCGUGGGCACAGACGUGGGUCGCUGUCGCGCUUGGUUGCGUCUGGCUCUCAACCACGGCCUGCUGGAGUGUUACCUGGCCUCGCUGUUUCGGGAGAGCUCCAAGCUGCGGGCGCACUAUCAGCCCAGCGCCUUGCUGCUGGACGCGGAGGAGCGGGAGGUGCUGCUCAGCUACCUGCAGGGUCUGGCCUCGCUGUCGUUCAGCCUCUCGUACAAGUCGGCCGUGCUCAACGAGUGGACCACCACGCCUUUAUCCCUCGCCGGACUCUGCCCCCAGGCCCAGGGAGACGCCAACGGCACGGACCACCCCGCCUCCAAGCUCACGUGCAAAGACUCCUGGGAUACCGCGUCGCAGUCGUCGGGAUCGUCCGACGCACCCGACUUGCAGAGGGUGCUGGUCAGCAGGGGCUCCGGCGGGUCCCAGGGGGGUACCAGAGGGCUCAACUCGUCCAGUUUGAGCCUCAACACCACCGGCUCCUCACAGCUCUCGUCCAGCUUGAGCUCCGACAGCCUCCUCCAGGGCCAGGACCCCCGCGCCCCCGCAGGAGAGCAGUGGUCCUCAUGUGACCUGGACCCGACCUUAAAUGGAACCAGCAGCACCAAGCCGCCCUUUAAAAAUUCGCUUCCUGAGCUCCAGGAGAACGGCAGUCAGGACUCCAUGCGCGAAGACUCCUUCGUCUCCAGCAACGGUCCUGACCAGUUCUCAGACAGCGACCAGCCGCCGAGUUCCGUUCUCUCCGACACCGAGCCCCGCCAGGACCACGUCGACCGACCGCCAACCGAAGCCUCCGUCAAAAGCGCCCUCCCACGAGAGGUCGCAGUGGUCCGUGUCCAGGAGGAGGAAGUCAAGGGCGGGUCGGAGUCUUCGAUGCGUUUGAGCUGUCAUCGUUCGCCGAGUGUCCUGAGCAGGAACUUGUCUUCAGAUUCCGUCGCACGUUCUCGCUCCUGGAUCUCCGAGGACGAUAUCUACAAGCCCCGAGUGGACGAGGAGUCCGACCAUGAGGAAGCGCCUCCUGCUGCACCCGCGGACUCCCAGUCGCCACCGAGUGUUGUGCAUCGUCGGCAAAUAGGCCUGUCCAACCCCUUCCGAGGCCUGCUGAAGCUGGGUCACCUGGAACGGCGCGGCGCCAUGGGAAUGUGGCGCGGCCACUACUGCGAGCUGUCGCCCUUCGAGUUCCGCCUGUACCUCAACGCCGAAGAGCGCACGUGUUGCGACAACUGCUCCCUGGUGCGCUGCGAGGACGCCCGCCUCGCCUCGCCCGACGGACGCUUCGAGUUGGCCUUCCCUGGCAAGCGGCUGCACCUGCGGGCCACGAACCGGGACGAAGCGGAGGACUGGGUGGACCGGAUCGUAGAGGCCGUCAACAAGUACCGGCCCGUGUCCCGCGUGGACGAGCAGUGGGAGGUGUUGGAGAGCCCGGGUGAGAACGGCGUGGAAGAUGACGCCGCCCGCUGCAGCCCAGAGCGAAGCUCCUCCUCCUCUGAUGCACGGACAUGUGGCGGGAAAGCCACGCCCCCUCCAAUACAGGAAUUUAACUGGACUCGCACGACGGAUUUGGAAACGGACGCCAUCAAAGAGGCUGUUCUUUAUUGUUCCGCAGACUCCGACGCUCGGACUUGGAUCCCUCUCGUCUUCUCGCUCUCCUUGGAGUCCUUGAAGGCUUUCCUCGUCGUAGAAGAAAGAAAGUUGCUUCGACAAAGCUUCCCCAUCGAGGAAGUGAGGGACGUGGUCCCUGACGUCUCGCUGGGCGGAGCCAACUUCUUCAAAGUCCUGACGCUCAGAGAAACACUCCGACUGAGGGCGGAGAACACCGAGGAAGCGCGCUCCUGGAGGAUUCUCAUCCGCGGCGCUCUGGAUUCUUACCUGGAGAGCGGCGAGGACGGGGAGGCUGUGGUCGGCCAGAGCGGGGCGGGAAACCUCCACAGGCUGGUGCAGCACCGACUGAAAGGAGACGCCGCGCUGCUGGCCCACCUGUGCACCGUGCCCUCGCACAAGGGUCUGGACACGCAGAACUUCAGAUGUGCAGGCUGCUCGCAGCAGAUCGGCCCCUCGCUGGGACGAGGACGCCUGUGCCACUUCUCCGGCCAGUACUACUGCGACGCCUGUCACCGCGGCGACACCAGCGUCAUCCCCUCGCGCAUGCUGCACAACUGGGACCUCCAUAAACGCCAGGUGUCAACGAAGGCGCUGUGGCUGCUGGAUCAGGUGGAGCAGGAGCCUCUGCUCAACCUGGAUCAGCUCAAUCCACACUUGACCACGCACUCGGAGUCCAUGGCGCGGGUCCACAGCCUGCGGCAGAGGCUGCGACUCCUGGGCGACUACGUGCUCGCCUGCCGCAGCGGCGCCUGCAAGACGCUCCAAGCCAGGAUGGAGCAGAGAACCUACCUGCUGGAGUCCUGCAGCCUGUACAGCGUGCUGGACCUGCGCCAGAUAGCAGAGGAUCAGUACACCACCUACCUGACCUCCAUGUGUCAGUUGGCCUGCAGCCACGUCUUCAGCUGUGACCUGUGCACGCAGCGAGGCUUCAUCUGCCAGGUGUGCCAUGCCGACGACAUCAUCUUCCCCUUCCAGUUUGACAGCACCGCCAGGUGCAAGGCGUGCAAGACGGUGUUCCAUCAGGCCUGCAUGACUCCAGGCCGCUGCUGUCCUCGCUGUCUGAGAAUGAAGAAAUACUUGGACAGAGACCUGCAGGACUGAGGGAGGCCACCAGAGGGCGCCAAUGAAUAAAUACUUGGACAGAGACCUGCAGGACUGAGGGAGGGCGCCCAUGAAGAAAUACUUGGACAGGGACCUGCAGUACUGAAGGAGGCCACCAGAGGGUGCCCAUGAAGAAAUACUUGGACAGAGACCUGCAGGACUGAAGGAGGCCACCAGAGGGCGCCCAUGAAUAAAUACUUGGACAGAGACCUGCAGGACUGAAGGAGGCCACCAGAGGGCGCCCAUGAAUAAAUACUUGGACAGAGACCUGCAGGACUGAGGGAGGCCACCAGAGGGUGCCCUCAACCUUCUCUGGACACAGCUGCCAAAGUCCAGCCACCUCAAGUGCAAUUAUUGGAGUCAUGUGACACAGCACAUCCUAAUUUAUUGACCUCACUCCUCAUCACAGCUUCUUCAGCACAUCUUUUUUUCUACCUUGUUGCCAUAGUAACCUAGCAACGCUGGGUGCUAGGGCUUUUUUGAGGACAGCACUUGAAGUUAGUCAAUAAUCCAAAGUGCCUUCAACAUAACAUGUCAUCUAUCUCCUGCAUCCACCACAUGACUUCUUACAUGUCAUCUAUCUGCUGCAUCCACCACAUGACUUCUUACAUGUCAUCUAUCUGCUGCAUCCACCACAUGACUUCUUACAUGUCAUCUAUCUCCUGCAUC